ACGAGUUUACUCUUCCAUCCUCCCUUAACCCUUGUAUCCUUUGCUGAAUUCCAGCUCAAAGAAAAAAAAUUACUAUAAAAAAAAAAAAAAAAAUCCAAGAAAGAAGCAAUUCUCGCAAUGGCAGCAGCAGCAAAUUCAUCUUGCUACAAUCAAACUGUUUAAGCCGCCGCUAAAUUUCAAGGCCAUACGAGUAUGGAGAGAUAUGUUAAACGAAUUCGUAGUGGUUCAUCUUCCGAUCCCAAUGUAAGAACUGGUUAUGAAAUAGUGGAAGUCAAACCUCGAGAGGUAAAACUGGACUUAGAUGAUAUUGUUAGCGAUCCGGGAUUAAGGAAACCAAUUGAUGAAUUUGAUGUGGGUAUUCGAGAUGAAGUACGAAGAGAGUACUUGGCUAGGGGGCCUUGCCAACUAAUCGGUUACACGUAUCCGAGAAGUACCUUUGGUAUUCAUGAUAGGAGCUUUCAAGAAGUUUGGUAUAAAAAGUUUCCAUGGCUAGAGUAUAGCAUAUCAAAAGAUGCUGCCUUUUGUUUCUGGUGUUAUCUUUUCAAACAAUCAGAUAAAGGAGGUCGAUAUGCAGUGGAUGCUUUUACAAAAAUAGGAUUUUGUAAUUGGAAAAGAGCAUUAGAAAAAUUCAAUGCUCAUGUUGGGGCUGUGAAUAGUUGUCACAAUAAUGCUAGGAUACAGUUUGAGUCUUUCCAAGAUCAAAUUCAUAAUACAAAUAUGUUGGAAUCAUUUAGCCGAGAGAUGAAUGCUAUUUGUUGUGCACGUUCAACUACAUUAUUGGAUGUGACCCGUUUUCUUUUGAAGCAAGGACUGCCUUUUCAUGGACAUGAUGAGUCAGUUGGCUCUUUAAAUAGAGGUAAUUUUGUUGAAUUGCUUGAAUGGUAUGUUCAAAGAAAUCCUGAUAUCUCUAAAGUAUUGAGUCCAAGUGCUCCUGAAAAUGAUCAAAUGACUACCCUUGAAACUCAAAAACAAUUUGUACAUGCUUGUGCUUCAGAGGUCGCACUUGCCAUCGUCAAUGAUAUUGGAGACAAGAUUUUUACUCUCUUGGUUGAUGGGGCUCAGGAUAUUUCAAUGAAAGAGCAAAUGGGAAUCGUUCUAAGAUACGUGAACAUAGAAGGAUGUGUGAUUGAGCGAUUUCUUGCAAUUGUGCAUGUGGCUGAUACUAGUCCCCAUUUCUUGAAAGGUGCUAUUGAUGCUUUAUUUGCAAAACAUGGUUUAUCAUUAUCAAAAUUGAGAGGUCAAGGAUAUAAUGGGGCUUCAAGCAUGCGGGAUGAGUUUAGCGGGUUGAAAUCCUUAAUAUUGCAGGAAAAUCCAUAUGCAAUGUAUAGUCACUGUUUUUCUUGCCAACUUCAGUUAAUUAUUAUCGCUCUUGGUAAGGAACUUCAUGUUGUGAGAGAGUUUUUUAGCUCGGUCUCCAUGAUAGUGAAUACAACUGGAGCUUCAUGUAAAAUGAGAGAUCAACUUAGGCAGUCAGAGCAUGAGAGGCUAGUUAAGGAAUUCGAUGGCGGGGAAGAAGAGAGUGCAGAUACUCGUUGGGGUCCAUUUUACCUUACACUACUUCGUCUCUGUUCUUUGUGGCCUUCAGUUGAACAAGUGUUGGAGAAUGUACGUGAUAAUGCCACUUGUUCUGAAAAUAGGAUGAUUGCUGAAAGUUUGAUUGAAAAGAUGGAUAGUUAUGGAUUUGUUUUUGUGUUGCACUUGAUGAAAUAUUUAUUGGGAAUCACACAUGAGUUGUCUCUUGUCUUACAACAAAAGGAGAAAAAUAUCAUUCAAGCAGUGUCAUUGAUCUGCUCUGUGAAAUAUCAGUUACAAAGCUAUAGGGAAGAUGGAUGGAAAAUAAUACUGAACCAAGUAAAUAAAUUCUGUGAAUUGAAUUAUAUUCCAUUGAUUGACAUGGACGGCAAUAUAACACGCCCUGGUUAUAAAAGGCAAGGAGCACCACUCAUCACCAAUUUUCAGUAUUAUUAUGUGGAGAUCUUUUGUCAGGUUGUUGAUUUGGUUAUCCAAGAGAUGAAUGAUCGUUUCUCAAAAGCAAGCACUGAAUUACUUAGUUGCAUAGCAUGCCUUGAUCCGAGAAAUUCAUUUUCUCAAUUCAAUGUUGAUCAACUCAUGCGCUUUGCUUCUUUAUACAAAGAGGACUUCUCAGCGAAUGAUUAUUUAUGUCUUCCUCAACAGCUAAGUAAUUUCAUUGCUAACAUGCGGCAUGAUUCUCAAUUUUCUAAAAUUAACAACUUGGAAAGUCUUGCCCAGAAAAUGGUUGAAACUGGUAAAAGUUCAGUUUUUCCAUUGGUUUAUCGUAUGAUUGAGUUGGCAUUGGUUUUGCCAAUUGCCACUGCAUCUGUCGAAAGAGCUUUUUCUGCUAUGAAGACUAUCAAAACUCACUUGUGUAACCAGCUGGGAGAUGAAUGGAUGAAUGAUAGUUUAGUUGUGUACAUUGAGAACGAUGUGCUUUCGACAGUUGAAAACGAGCAUAUCUUGCAGCGUAUUCAAUUAAGCUAGCAAAACUAGAAUGACCAAGGGUCAAUUUUCAGAUCAAUGUAAAUGUAUUAAUUAUUUAUACAUUUUUGCUGCCUUUAGAUAUGGUAUUUCUAUAUAAUGCUAUUAAAUAAAUUUGUUUGAUUCUAUAAAAAAGUAACAGUAGAUCAAGAAACUUUUUUGUUGCUUUGCCAUUGACUAGGUCAUAUCACUUCACUACUAGGCUCAUGACAUGGCAAUGGAAUACUAAAUAGUUUUGUGAUUUUGGUAUCAACUUUCUAUUAGCAGAGUGCCAGAGUGAACCAAAGGAGAAAAUCGUAGCUGUACGUUCAGAUUUUGCAAUGAGCUUCGUUUCCACACAUGUAUGUCUGUUCUAUUUAUGAUUCUUGUUUCAACAUGACGACUUACAUUUCUUUUUAAUAGUAAUUGUAAUUUUGACAUUUUCUUUGUGGUGUAAUCUCAAUUUCUUUUCUUACUUCAGUGGUAGUAGGUCUAUCAGUAGUAGCAUGCUUGUGCUUUUCAUGUAUCUGCAAGUAUGCUGCAUGUCUUGCUCACUCAUGUUUGGAGGCAUUCUUAUUGCUUUGUUGUGAAUAAUAGUAUACAUUUACUCUAGCAAGUUGCAACAAUUUGAGAAUUCAAUAGAUAUUCUUGCUAUAAUUGAUUGAUGGAUGCUAAUAGAUAGUACCGCUAUUAUUGUUCUACUUGCCAGGGUGGGUUCUUAGGGGGCUCCAAUCGGCAAAGCGUCUGCAUUGGUGAAGUGAGCAGAUUAUCAACUCUAAUGCAUCAAGAAGGGUUUUGACAUGUUUUGAAGCUGGAUGUGCCACGAUUGUGACAACGUGCAAAAUGUGAGCACUUCUGGACGAAUUAUCGUGUGAUUUUUAGAAAUAGGCAGUAUAUAUGGUUUAUUGGUACUAGCAGAUUAUGUUAUCAUAUGUUACUUACAUUUUGAACUUGCAGUUAUAAAUAUAUGCUUAGGUGAGUAA